UUAGACACUACCUGUGAAGUCCCAGCCUAGAAAAACAUCUCACGAAAACGCCUUCGCCAAAAAUGGGACAUGGGGCCUGCGCAAAGUCAGGGGAGGUGGGAAGGACUGCAUUCGACUGAGAAUGCAGGCCAAGAAUAUGGACACGGCCACUGUUUUUCUAGGCGCUGAGAAUGAAUGUCCUGCGCACACCGGCCUUGCACCUGAUGUUGCAAAAUCUCCGCCUGUCCGCUGCACUCUGAUGGAAUGUCGAGUAUCCGAGAACCCAGUCCAGUACGGCAUGAGCUCCGCCUCAGACUACCUCCCCAAUUGUGCGCCACCCAGCGGCAUGUACGCGACGAGCCAGCAUAGCGAGUUCGCAGCAUUUGAUCCAACCAGUAGCAGCAGAUUUGACUUGUCUCCGCCUACUACUGUUACUGGAAGAGUCCAUACCGAAACAGCGAUUCCUGGAGCCUCCUAUGUGUAUCAUCAAACACAUGCCAUGCUAGAUACGGAGUCUGCAAUGCUGUUUUCUGGUGAUGGAUACGGCCCAGGCAUGCAGUCACGAGACGUAGCAGCGCGCAACGAAGGCGACAAAAACAAACGCUGGGCUAGCGGAUAUUUUGCUACGCAAGGAAUUAAAAGAGAAGUCAACGCGGAAGGGUUGUACGAAUGCUGCGUAUGCGGUCGGACAUACAGACGGCGGCCAUGUCUGAGAAGACAUCUGCGCACUGUCCACGAGAAGCCGAGGGAGAAACCCAACAAUGCCCAGCGUUUGCAGGGUCAGUCUAUGCUGGCCAGGUGGUGUUGAACUUCUGGCAUAUCUUAAGCUGCAUUGCUCGUUUCCAAGACUUGUGGCGAUCCAGGCACCGUGGAAGACAUCCGGGAGGCGCUCGUGGGUGCCU